CUCGGAAAUAUGACACAGUUUCUGUGCGCCUUCAUCGUUGUGAGGCCAGAGUUGGGGAUGCUGUUAUUUUUUUUCCCAACAGAGUCAUAUAAAAGUCGGCAGCACCUGCAGCACUCUGUGUUUACUGUUUCCACUUUGCAGUUAGUCGGCUGCAUUCGACACUUCCUUGGGCACAACCUAUUUGAUCUUUCACUCAGCUCAGCUGGACGACGGAAUGGAGUUGAAUUGCACGGAGAUAGAUGAUGUGCUGGAGAGAUUCUACCUGUCUCCGUCUUACGGACUCGAGUUCUGCAUCGGUUUCCCGGGGAAUCUGAUUGUCAUACUUGGUUACCUGUUUUGUCUGCCCAAGUGGCAGAGCUGCAAUGUUUACCUCUUCAACCUGGCAAUCUCCGACCUCACCUUCCUCUGCACGUUGCCACGCCUCUCCUACCUCUACGCCAACCAGCAGAAAGAGACCAGCUACUACGCUUGCGUCAUCAACCGCUACAUCCUGCAUGUCAACCUCUACUCAUCCAUUCUGUUUAUGGUCUGGCUGAGCAUGGAUCGCUUUUUGCUCAUCCGCCACCCGGCGCGGAACCACUUCCUGCUGAGGCCGCGGGCGGCGCUGGUGGUGACCGGCUUAAGCUGGCUUGCCGUCAACGUGGAGGUGAUCCCAAUGAUAAUGCUGAUGCUCCAGGAUCUGCAGAGUGGAAACUGGAGUCGCUGCAAUGACUUUGCCAGCCUCCAGGGUGACGUCAGCGCUUUGGGCUACAGCAUGGGGCUCACUUUAACCGGCUACGUUCUACCUCUGCUCGGACUCUGCGGAUUCUCCAAGCGUAUUGCGCAGCUACUACAGACCCAGGAAACGGCUUUUCAUCGAAGGACGGCACAGUACAAGCACACGCUCAGGGUCGUGGCUUCGGCAUCAGCCAUGUUUCUGGUUCUGUACACUCCAUACCAUGUGAUGAGAAAUGUUAGGAUAGCAUCCCGGCAGGCCUGGGCAGGGGUGCGCUUGUGUACAAGGAUGUACAUCGAGGGCCUCUACAUCUUGACCCGACCGUUGGCCUUCUUGCACAGUGUCAUCAACCCAGUCUUCUACUUCCUCAUGGGGGACAAGUUCCGAAAGUUCCUCCUCGCAAAAGUUCGAAAGCUGGCCAGAAAGACAACGCAGCCAAGAGAACCUAUAUGAAAACUCCGUUCAGCACGUAUACAUGUGAUAAGAUCCGUUCCUUCACCGUCCGCUUUAUUUGGCACACACGCCUCCGAAGUGGCAUUAAACAGUUUAAACUGCCGCACUGCCUGACGUCCGUCGAGACCAAAGCAAAUCGCGCAUGGUGUCAGCUCAGCAACUAACGGUUAAUUACUUGGUUUUUGCUGUUUGUUAACUUUCCAAAUCAUUCCGGAAGAUUGAUUUUCAACAUGCAUGACAUCUCACAAGACCUCCGAGUUAAUCAUGUGAGCUCCAUUCAGCAGUGAUUCAUAUCUGCCUCAGUGCUUGGCUUUUCUUUCACAGCCUGGAAAGGAAUGUUAAGAGACGAUUGUAAGUAAAGAAAAAAAUAUAUACUCAAGUUAUUGUAUGUGAAGAAAGAAGCCACCAAUGCAAAGCUGCGGGACUCCAACCAUCACGUCCGCACAAAAGUAGCGCUUGUGCUGUUUUUGCAUUUUACAAUGGUUGACUUCAUCAUGACCUUCAUUAAUGUUCACCUCAACUCCGCUGUAUUCAUCGAGCGCUUUAAAACAACCGCCACUGUGUACAAAGUGCUGUACAUAGAGCAAAAAUAAUUCCUACAACAACAAACAAUAUAACAGUCAUGAAAACGGUAAUAAAAGCACAAACACAGUAAAACUAAAAAUCAAGUCUCAGACAUUUGCAAUUCACUGUUUUGGUAAAAUAUGUUGUGAGGUUCAUAAAAUUAUUAGAAUG